UGAAAAGUCAAAAGUGGACUAGUAAAGUGAACAGACAGAGUACAUUACAAACAUCUUUAAGUUAGAACUGCAAGAUUCCUUAUAUUUCUUAAACUCCGUAUCUUUAAUUUCGUUUCUGCCUAUUUUUGCAGUCAACGCGAUCAUUCAAUCAAGUAAAAGUAUAAAGACACAACAAUUUCCUGCACUUGAUCUGACAGACACCAACUGAAACAGAAAAAACUUUUUGAUCUAAUUAAGAUCGGCAAAAUCUAAACCCAAGAUGGACAUUUCAUCGGCUAAGUGGUGGACUGAAAUGGAGACUAUAUACACGAAUGAUGAUACAUUUGUCAAUCACUGCCAAAUGAUGACCCAAUUUGAUGAAUUGCCUUUCUCCUCUUGCACCUACAGUGGUACUAUUCAACCUUCUCAGGCUGAGUUUUGCAGCUCUGUGAAGGAAACACAACAAAAGACUUUUUUUCCUUCUUCCUCCAGUACUACUGUUAGUAUUUCUUUCUCCAACUCGCCAUCAGCAACUACUAUUGCUUCCAAAAAGUACCUUCAAAUUUUGAACCUAAGCUCAGUUAAGGCUGAGGUGCCAUCAUCAGAAGCUACCAUAAACUUCUCGUCGGAUGAUAUUGAAGAUGGUCAAAGGCUAAUCCAGGAAUUAGGAUAUGGUAUUGGUGAUAAUACUCAGAAGAAAACUUAUAGUAGGAGCAGUUUACAGGCUCAAGACCACGUUCUCGCUGAAAGAAACCGAAGGGAAAGGCUUACACAGAAGUUUAUAGCUUUAUCUACCCUCAUUCCUAACCUUAAGAAGUUGAAUAAAGCAUCAGUACUCGGGGAUGCAAUCAAGUAUAUAAAACAGCUGGAAGAACAAGUAAAAACCCUUGAGGAAGAAGCCAAGAAAUAUAGCGAAGGACCAACUGUUGCAGUGAAAAGAGCACGUAUCAUAUCCAAUAAUGGCGAUUCCUCAUCCUUUGGAUCUGAAAUUCCCAACAUUAGCACAGAUGAAUCAUUCCCAGAUAUUGAAGUAAGAGCUUCAAAUGGGAAUGUUCUGAUUAGGAUUUGUUGCAAAAAGCAAAACGAAAUAAUAAGGGAAAUAUUCAGCCAAAUAGAGAAGCUCAAUCUCUCUAUCAUUAGCACCAGUGUCAUGCCUUUUGGCCACAACACCACCUACAUAACAAUUACUGCCCAGAUGGAUGAUCAAACUCAAUUGAGCAUGACAACAAAAAAUGAUGCGAAUAGAAUAGGUGGAGCUAUAAUGAAGCUCAUCAUCAACGGCCAGGAAGAAGCAGCUUUCUUAUACAACGAAGAGAAUUUCAAGAUUUCUAGAAGCAAAUGACUUUGCAUAUGUUUCCAUCAAUAAAAUUAGGAAUUGAUUAUAUUUUUGUUUUGAAGAGAGGUUAGAGUCGGGGUCUACAGAUCUCAUUUUGUGGAUCAAUAUCGUUUGGUGGGUCAUGUGUGGGUCCAUCAUGAGGUGCUUUGCAUUUUUGUGGGCUACAAGUUGGAUCACGUUUUACAAUUUCCUCACGUGUUACAAAUGAAACUAGCUCCUCUUGUAUGACAAGUCAUGGAAUUCCACUAAAGUGAUUCUUCUUUUUUUAACUUUGUUCUCCUUUGGGGGACUGCUACAGACCAUGACCGUCUUUAUCUUUCCUUCUCUUUUGUUGUUUCUGUGAUUUAAUUAACUAACUAAUGUUUGUUUUGUGCAAAAUGUAUUAUAUUGUUACAUUUACACUUUCUUCAUGUAGUAAAAUCUGAAUUAAAUUCAAUAUUUAUGGCUCGACUUCUGUAAGUAUAUUAGAAAUUUA